AUGUCCGCAGGGACCCUCAGCGCCGGUCAACGCCAACUCCUCUCCCUCGCUCGUGUCUUGCUGCGGAGAAGCCACCGAGCAAAACAAGGUUCUGAAAGCGGUGUAUUGCUACUUGACGAAGUCAGCUCGAGCGUCGAUCAAGCUACAGAAAAGGUCAUGCAAGAGAUCAUCAGAAUCAAAUUCAAGGACUAUACAGUCGUGGCGGUCAGUCAUCGUCUGGAGAUGAUUAUGGACUUUGAUAGAGUUGUUGUCAUGGACAAGGGAUGUAUUGUUGAGGUUGGAGUGCCCAGGGUGUUGGCGGAGAACGCAGAGAGUAAGUUCGGUGAGUUGGUCAGAGCUGCAGAGUAG